AUGGAUACCGAUUUCGACGAAACAUAUAUUCUACUUCUCCUCGCAGACUCUAAUCUACCUACGGGCUCAUUCGUCGCGUCCUCUGGGUUCGAGUCCUACGGAACGCACGGAUUCCUUUCUAUCUCAUCCGCGUCAAGCGCGGGGAAGGGAAGAGCAACUAUAACGGGCACAGUUGACUUCAUUCAAGACAGCCUGCAUACCUACGCCCGAAGCGCGCUUCCUUUUGUUUCGGACGCCUAUCGCAUAGUAGAUGCAUUUAAAGAUCUCAAGGGCAAGCCAGAGAUCGAACAUGACACUACAAUCAAGAAGUUGCUCGAGCUGGACGAGCUUUACGAAACUAUGACGCUCAAUCAUGUAGCUAAGCGCGCCUCGAAAGCACAGGGGGUAGCACUCCUCACACUGUACGCAAAAGGGUUUGCUUGCCCUUCAGGCCUCGGCGAUGAAGACCACCUCUCAAAGAGCUUGGCCAUCCUUAUCGAUCGUCUGAAACUGAUGGUUCGCGGAGAAGAGACGCAUGGCCAUCUGCCCGUGUGCUGGGGCGUACUGACCGGUGCUCUUGGGAUAUCACUUCUGCGAGCUCAGCACCUUUUUCUGUUUCUUCAUGCACGUUCACUUCUGUCCUCAGCUGUUCGCUUAAAUACAAUAGGACCCUACAGUUCACAGCAACUUUUGCUUCACUCAGUGAGACCCCUGGUCGAGGCGGAGGUGUCGCAGAAUAAGGAUAUACGAACUGGGAUUUUCGUGGACAUGCACCACAACGAUGCAGAUAAUCGGCCUGCUACGACAUGGCCCCUUGGCGAAAUACUCGCUGUUCGACAUGAUUUGCAGCACUCGAGAAUAUUCAAUAGCUGA